ACGGGGAGGAGCGGGGCGGCUAGGGGCCGGGUGCUGGGUCCGCUCGCGCUCCGAGAACACCCGGGGCGGGAGAACGAGUGUCAGCCCGCGGAGUCCCGUCGCUCCGGAUCCCUACGAGGCUGACGACUGGAGGGAAGGGCCCAGCUUAAGGAAACGCCCCUCUGCCAGUCAUGCCAAAGAGGAAAGUGACCUUCCAAGGUGUAGCAGAUGAGGAUGAUGAAGAUGAAAUCAUUGUCCCCAAGAAGAAGCUGGUGGAUCCUUUGGCUGGGGCAGGGGGUCCUGGGAGUCGCUUCAAAGGCAAACACUCUUUAGAUAGUGAUGAGGAAGAUGAUGAUGAUGGAUCCAGAAAAUAUGACAUCCUCGCCUCGGAGGAUGUAGAAGGUCAGGAAGCAGCCACUCUCCCUAGUGAGGGCGGUGUGCGGAUCACACCCUUCAACCUGCAAGAAGAGAUGGAAGAAGGCCACUUUGAUGCUGAUGGCAACUACUUCCUAAACCAGGACUCCAAGAUCCGUGACAGCUGGCUAGACAACAUUGAUUGGGUGAAAAUCAAGGAGCGGCCACCAGAUAAGCACCAGGCCUCAGACUCAGAGGAGGAAGAUAGUGUUGGCCAGACACCAAUGAGUGCCCAAGCCCUCCUGGAGGGACUUUUGGAGCUACUGUUGCCCAGAGAGACAGUAGCUGGAGCACUUAGGCGUCUAGGGGCCCGAGGAGGAGGGAAAGGGGGCAGCAAGGGCACUGGGAGGCCCAGUUCUCCCCAGCGCCUGGACCGACUUUCUGGGUUGGCUGACCAAAUGGUGGCUCGAGGCAACCUUGGUGUAUACCAGGAAACAAGGGAACGAUUGGCUAUGCGGCUGAAGGGAUUGGGAUGCCGGACCCAGGGAUCUCAGGACCCCACACCUCCACCCUCCUUGGACAUGUUUGCUGAGGAAGUAACAGAGGGAGAACUGGAGACCCGGACCCCUACCCCGAGAGAAGGAACAGAGUCACCAGGAGAUGGUCUGGUGGAUGUGAUGUGGGAAUAUAAGUGGGAGAACACUGGGGAUGCUGAGCUUUAUGGGCCCUUUACCAGUGCCCAGAUGCAGACUUGGGUGAGUGAAGGCUACUUCCCAGAUGGUGUUUAUUGUCGGAAGCUGGACCCCCCUGGUGGUCAGUUCUACAAUUCCAAACGCAUUGAUUUUGACCUCUACACGUGAGCCUGCUGAGGGCCCAAUUUGGUAGCCCCUUUCCUGGACUCGGUGGAGGAGGCCCCAGCUGCCUCAAGCAGUGGAAAUAUUGGAGGCCACUUUGCAGUCAGUUUCCCUUUUCCAAUAAAAGCCUUGAGUGUGUAUCAGGACCUUGGCUGUGCUGAGGGCCAAAAACUACGGCCUCUCAAUAGCAUCUUUGGCCUUGUCUGGGUCCUCGAAUGUUUUCUCCCAUGAA